CCCCCACAAAUUCAAAAGUCCCUUCCAUUGGAAACCCAAGGAUGUAUCGAGUUCAGCUUUACUCAAAUCAGAGCUAAAAAUCGAAGAGGGAAAGUGGAUUGCGGGGAAAAGAGAAAUGGAAUUGGAUGAUUGGGUGCUGAGCGCGGAAGAACUCGAUUCCCUCGAAAGAGAUGCUCUCAAACAGAUCGCUCAGCGCAAUUCUUCUUCUUCUUCCACCACAUCUUGUUCUUACAUGCAGCAGCAACAACAACAACAACAACAACAUUCUGCCCCUUUCAACCCGCACUGUGAACACACCCCGGCCAAGACCAUCGACGAGUCUUGUCAAGAUAACAAGGUAGUUGCUUCACCUACUGCAUCUAGAGUGUUACCUGGAUCAGUGGAACAAAAAGUAAUUGAUGGUUGUUUGAAGGAACAGCCAAAGAUAUCCGUUAAGUUUUUUCUACAUGCUACUGGAAACAUUGCUGCAAAAUUUAUGUAUGACCAGGUACUUGUAGGAGCUUUCCGCAAGAUCUCCAAAGCUAGCUGGAAUGCGAAGGAGAGAUUGUGGAUGUUCCCCAUCUCAUCUUUGUCAUCAGCUGAAAAAGUAUUAAGUGAAAUAUCUGGUCUUAAUGUUGAGGUAGAGAAUUUAGAUCCCUUGGUGCGGCGUGCUAUUGUGGCUGCCUCUGCUAUUUCAGAUCUUCAAGCAGAUUGGUAUGACAGAAUUCCAAGUAAUAUUGAAUCAAAGCUUCUGCCAUUUCAGCGUGAGGGUGUUAGGUUUGUGUUGCAGCAUGGAGGGCGUGUCCUCCUUGCAGAUGAAAUGGGAUUGGGAAAGACUCUUCAGGCUAUUGCUGUGACCACUUGCAUUCGUGACUCCUGGCCGGUUCUUGUUCUUACCCCAUCUUCCUUGAGGCUGCAUUGGGCUUCUAUGAUUCAACAAUGGCUGAACAUACCUUCAUCAGAUAUACUUGUUGUUUUAUCCCAGGGGGGUGGGUCAAACAGGGGUGGAUUCACAAUAGUGCACUCAAACACCAAGGGGUCUAUUAAUCUCGAUGGCAUGUUCAAUAUUAUAUCCUAUGAUGUUGUCCCCAAGUUGCAGAACAUUCUUAUGGCAUCAGAGUUUAAGAUUGUGAUCGCAGAUGAAUCACAUUUCUUGAAGAAUGCACAGGCAAAGCGAACAAGUGCUUCACUUCCUAUAUUACAGAAAGCUCAAUAUGCAAUAUUGCUUAGUGGAACUCCUGCUUUAUCGCGACCAAUUGAGUUAUUCAAACAGCUGGAAGCCUUGUAUCCUGAUGUAUAUAAGAAUGUUCAUGAAUAUGGUAACCGAUAUUGCAAGGGUGGUAUAUUUGGAAUGUACCAAGGUGCCAGCAAUCAUGAGGAGCUUCACAACUUGAUGAAAGCAACAGUGAUGAUCCGUAGACUCAAAAAGGAUGUCCUUUCUGAGCUUCCUGUGAAGCGCAGGCAACAGGUUUUCUUGGAUUUGGCAGAGAAGGACAUGAGACAAAUCAAUGCUUUAUUUCGUGAGUUGGAGGUUGUGAAAAGCAAAAUUAAGGCCAGCCAAUCGAAGGAGGAAGCAGAAUCACUUAAAUUUUCUCAAAAGCAUCUUAUUAAUAAGAUUUAUACUGAUUCUGCAGAAGCCAAGAUCCCAGCAGUUCUGGAUUACGUGGGAACUGUCAUUGAGGCAGGUUGCAAGUUUCUAAUAUUUGCACACCAUCAACCCAUGAUUGAUUCAAUAUACCAAUUUCUUCAGAAGAAAAGAGUUGGUUGCAUUCGAAUAGAUGGUGGUACACCAGCAGCAUCAAGGCAAGCUUUGGUAACAGAUUUUCAGGAAAAAGAUGCUAUAAAGGCAGCAGUGCUAUCUAUCAAAGCUGGAGGUGUUGGGUUAACCCUAACAGCUGCAAGCACAGUUAUUUUUGCAGAGUUAUCUUGGACUCCAGGUGACAUGGUUCAAGCAGAAGAUCGUGCUCAUAGGAUUGGCCAGGUGUCAUCGGUCAAUGUAUAUUACCUGCUAGCAAAUGACACUGUUGAUGACAUAAUAUGGGAUGUUGUCCAGAGCAAGUUGGAAAAUUUAGGACAGAUGCUUGAUGGCCACGAGAAUAUGUUAGAAGUCUCAGCUAACCAGCCAAGAAGCAGCCUUGCAAAACAGAUAACACUAGACUCUUUCAUGAAGCGUUGUAACAACAUCAAUGACACUGAAGAUCAGCCCAAGCUAAAAUAUCCUAGGAAAUGAGCCAUCGACUCUACAACCAAGUGAUGUAUAAUCAUGUAUAUAUGAACAGGCACAUGACUGAGUUCUUGCAAUGAUGAGAGCGCAUUUAUAGCCUGAAUGGGUUGUAAACAAAAUGACACUAUACAGGAAAACCUCAAUUUUGAAAUGGGGAUGUAACUAUUUUUGUUUUGGUUUUGUUGCCAA